GUCGAAUCCCAUGUACACCACUCAGGCUGGCCGCCUCAUCGUUAGUGUUCUCAGCGCAAACCCGAGCGCGUUUGUUCUCAUGGUGGCGCCGACAGUCACGCAUAUCAAGGAUAACUUGCGCCACCGGAAGUCUGUCACUCAUAGCCAGGACCUGCUCAAAAUUCUCAAUGUCAUCCUGGAGACAAGGCUUCUCCUGUCACAGACCCAGAUGACAGAGGAACAGAAGAGCGAUUUCGUCGCUGUUGACGGCGUCUUCAAGAACCUCUACAACGACGUGUAUAAAGGCCCCGUCGGACUUGGCAGCAACGCCAAUGCCAAUGAGGACGACAUUAAAAUCGCGACCGAGGCCGUCCAGGGUGUUGGUGCGCUGAUCUCUCAGAGAACCGUACCUCUUGGACCAGAAAAUGAUGGUGGCCUACUUCUCCCUGAAGCGACAUGCUCCGAAAUCUGCCAAGCACUUUUUGCAAUCCCGCUCAGCGCUUUCAGCAACCAUUCUUCAAACUUGAACCUGGAUGAUCUUCUGAACGAGACGGCAAAGGCCCUGCACCGGGCCGUCCAAGCCUACGCAUCUGGCUUCAGGCCUCUGGUCGAUCAGUUCGUAUCCGUCGUCCGGGACAGUCGUGACGACCAGAGCGACGAGGCUGCUGACAAGAUUCAAAGAAUUGGCUCUCUGUUGGCUUAUGUCGGAUGCUCCGAGUUGCCGAAGUCUCAUAUCAACGGGAGACAUCACUUCUUGGCUCUGAUUCAUGUCCUAACUGCCGAAUUGACAGCGGCAAUAGACGCCAAGGCCAGCCCAAAGAUUUGGUGCGCUCUGAUUGUGGGUAUUCAAGCAGCUGCACGCUACUUCAACGAUGCUUGCUUGAAGCAUACCCCGGAGACAGACCAGGUGUUCGACGGCACCAUGUGGCUAUAUCGGGCCACUUACAAGUAUCCGGAGCUGCGGUCCCUCGCCGGGGAGGACGAAGACGGCUCUGCGCCUAGUUACAGCAGCGCGCCGCCGUCAAAGGAAGUGACUGCUACUGAGCUGCGCAACAACUUUUUGCUCAUUGGCCUGGUGGCUGUCAGAAGCCUUUACCGCCGCGCAACGGCCGCAAUUGGCCCCGUUCCAGGCACUCAGAAGCCUGCGCUCCAGCUUAGCGGCGACUUUGACGGUUCUGAUAAGCCCUCAGAGUAUCAGUAUCUGCAUCUGAUUUCUGACUUUGCUGGUUUUGUUCUUCGUGAGAUGGGUGAAGCCCAGCAGGCUUCGCUGAAGCUCGACCACUACUUUCUAAAUCUGUUCCAGGAGGAAAUCAUCCCAAUUCCGGCUUCGACAUCGGAGGAAGAAAGAAAAGCAAGGCUCGAAAAGUAUACAGACGAGCAAGGCUCAUCAUGGGGCUGGUUGACGGAAAAGUCUGUCAACAUCCUUUCUCUGGGGCUUUUGGAGGCAAUGAGGCCUUCUGUUGUUGCCAAACUCUUCGACUCUGGUGUAGCGCAGGAACUCUUGGUCAGCGGUACAUUGAGUGCUUCUCUCAACCAAAGCUCCCUCACCAGACCCGUCACCCGGUCCAUCCUAACCAUUCUGGCAAACAAGUAUAAGAUCGAGAGCAUCGGCUACCUGAUGUCGCGGCUGGAAGGCCGAUUGGACACCGCUCUGCAAAACGCGCAAAACUCUGCCGACAGUGACGAUGCCGCCCGGUAUCUGGAGCAGGUAUCCUCCGUCUACGCAAUCGUCAGCGGACUGAUACGUCGACCCAGCGGCACGCAAGCCCGAGGCCUCAUCCAACGGCUGCGGGAAGCCCCGAGGAACGCGAAAACCGGCCACCUGCUAGCU